UUCUUAACUUUGUAAAAUUUCAUCUCCUUAUAAAUACAUAUAUAUCGCUUCUUUCUUUCCAUCCAACAUUCUAACAAAUUAUAAUUCUUUUUCAGAAUAUUCGAUUCUCGCCUUCUGUAACAUAUUGCAAUGGAGAAAGCAUCAUCAUCAAUUUCUCAUAACACCCUCCUUUCAAAUUUACUUGAUUUUUCUUUGUUAUAUAGUAUUGUAUAUGACUUUCAACAAAGCAUAUCAUGUUUUUUUCAUCAUAAAUCUUCAUCUUUUUGUGAUUUUGAACCCAAAUUAGAUGAUAAGAAGAAGAAUUAUGAUGUGGGUAAGAAGGAUUUGGAACAUUUGGUGAGCAAAAAUGGUAAAAAUGAGGGUGAUUAUUGCUUGUUUGGGCAUGAUAUAAAUUUGGUUAUGGAAAGACUUGGAAUACAAAAGUGUGUAUUUGAAGGAGAUGAAGAGGUUGAAAAGAAGUGUGAUUUUGAUGAAAUUAGUGAUUUAUUUGAAGAAGAACCAAGUUUGGAAGAGGUUAAGGAAGCUUUUGAUGUGUUUGAUCAAAAUAAAGAUGGGUUUAUUGAUGCACAAGAAUUGCUGAGGGUGCUCGAGGCUUUAGGGCUUAGACAAGGUCAAGGAUAUGAGUUGCAUGAAUGCAACAAUAUGAUUAAUGCCUUUAAUACAAUUAAGGAUGGGAAACUUGGUUUUAAUGACUUUGUAAGAUUUAUGUUGAACACAUUAUAAUUAUUAUUUCUUUUUUUUUUCUUUCUUGUUAUAAUUAUUAUUUCUUUUUUUUUUUCUUUCUUGGUUGUUUAUUGUAAUAAUCUUAGAAUAGGUCGAACUUUUAAAAACGCCAACAUCUACUCAUGGAAGUGUUACCCCCACAUCUAUUUCUAAUGAAAUAAAUAUAUGGCUUAACGACUAAAAAAUAACUUAAUAACUUUAAUCCAACAAAAGGUCUUACAACAUAAGAAAAAACUGAAACGCAAUCUAUGUCCAUAUAAAAUUUAAACAACUUAAGUUAAAAUUUAAACUGAAAUACGACUCUAAUAAAAGCUAUGUUUCUAGGUGAUCCUUACUCCACGAUUUCCAUGCAAUCAAUAACCUGCAACAUAAGAAUGCAAGAAAAACAAGAGAAAAACUCCCAAAAUCAGGAAAUUGAAUAAUUCCAACUCCAUCCCAUAAAA